AUGGCCACACCAGUUCUCAUGGUACCAGAUGGGUCUAGGAAUUUCGUGAUCUACAGUGAUGCUUCUAAGAAGGGUUUGGGUUGUGUGUUUAUGCAGCAUGGUGAAGGCCCUAAGGUAGAAGAUAGCAGGCUUGCUACAGUCAAUGGAUGUGUCAGAAUGGAAGUGGAAGAACGUGUCCAUGGAUUUUAUUACGAGUUUGCACAGUACAGCGAAGAGAUUUGGGUUCUGAUAGACCGACUCACCAAGGUGGCGCAUUUCAUUCGAGGGAAGCCCACGUACGCGGUGAGUAAGUGGACUCAGUUAUAUAUAAAGGAGAUAGUAAGAUUGCAUGGGGUGCCAGUGUCAAUUGUGUCCGACAGGGACCCUCGUUUCACCUUCAGUUUUUGGAAGAGCCUCCAGGCAGGCCUUAAGGAUGCGGUUAAACUUCAAUACAGGCUUCCAGCCCUAGACGGAUGGGCAAACAAAAUUGUUCCUGAAAGUGGCGCCAAUGAAGGUGUCCUGAGAUUCGAAAAGAAGGGUAAGCUAAGUCCGUGUUUUGUAGGGUCAUUUAAGAUCUUAGAGCGAGUCGGCCCUGUGGCUUACCGUUUGGCUUUGCCACCGUCUCUCUCCGCAGUUCAUCAUGUUUUUCAUGUCUCCAUGCUGAGGAAGUAUUUAACGGACUCGUCUAAUAUGGUGAACUUUGAGCCCUUGCAGCUGAAUGAAAACUUAAGUUACGAAGAGAAGCCUACGCAAAUUAUGGUCAGGGAGGUGAAAUUUUUGCGCAAUAGGGAGGUGCCGCUGAUGAAGGUGUUGUGGCAAAACCAUCAGCUUGAGGAAGCAACUUGGGAGCGAGAGGACGAGAUGAGAACACUGCAUCUAGAGCUCUUCCAGGACUAG